GCCACUUUCACACUUUUCAACUACACCAACAAUCCAAACUCCCCCCAAAAACCCAUAUUCCAACCACAACUCCUUACUUCCCAACCCAAAGAAAUUACCACCAAAAAAAUGUCCGGCCAGACUCCCACCACCACCAUUGCCUGCGAGCAAACCAAGGAGACCACCGUCUCCCCCGCUGGAACCACAGCCACCAUUACCACCACUGUCAUCGAGGAGACCACCACCUCCGCCACAACCACCGCCACCGAGCCUACCGCUGCUGCUGAGUCUGCCAGUGUCCCUGCCACUGUGGCUGCCGCUGUGAUUGAGAAGCAGGGGGAGAAGGAGACUAAGGUCAAGGAGGCUAAGGAGGCAAAGAAGGCUGAGGAGGCCAAGGAUGAUAACAAGGAAGCUAAGGAUGAUAGCAAGGAGAAGAAGAAGUGAAUGCCAAGACCAGACGGGGGCAAUGAGAUUGAGGCUCGGUACAGGAGGUGGAAAUUGGACCACGGUCACUGCAGUACCUCUUUGACGAGUGUACGAGUGUAAGUCACUGAAACAUUGGCAUUUGGUUGCCUGAGUGAAAGGAAAUGGAGAAAUGGAGGGAUGGCAUGGACAAUCUAAGAAUGGAAGGAGCGAGGUUCUCGGUAUAUACAUGAGGGCUGAGGGCUGGCUCAGGUAUAGAUAAGUAAAGAAUGUCAGUCACUCGGUCAAAUGGUGGAUGUGUUGCCUAUCUAUCUACGAUAUUACGGCUCCAACUGAUCUGUUG